ACUUCUCAGACGACCUCUUCUCUGUAGAGAGAGAUAGAGAAAGAGAAAGGACACAGAUGAAAAGAAAGGCUACAAAAAUAUAAAUUCCUCUUUUUUGCUUAUUCUUUUGACAGCACUUAAUCUUCAGAAACCUACGUUUUUUUUUCCUUUUUGUUUCCUUUUUUUUUUUGUAGUAAAUUUGGAUUAAGUUGAAGUUUUGACAGUCAUAGGUAACCUAUGCAUGUAUAUAUAUGUUUGGUGUAAAGAUAGGUACAUAUAGGUUUGAAUUAUAUCUAUCUAAUUGAUUUGGUUUAAUACUUUUUAGGGUUUUUGUGAAUUUUGGGUGGUUGAAUGGUAGUUUUAGGUUAGGGGAAAUUAUUAGAAAUUGCUAGGGUUUUCAGUUGGGAUAUUUUCUAAGAGUAUAAUGGGGAGCACAGGAGAAGCAGAUAGAAAGCGGCGUCAAUUUAGCUCCAUAUCACCUACUGGUGCUGCUGCCAAGAAGCAUCCUUUUAUGCCAUUAUCUGAGGAUAAAAAGCUGGAUGCGGCAGUGCUUAAAUUUCAAAAUCAGAAGCUCGUUGAGAAAUUAGAAGCACAGAAAAUCGAGAUUAUUGAUUUCAAGGAGAAAAUUGGUAAGCUGACGGUGAAACAACUGCCAUAUGAGAACGUUGUUGCAGUUGUCAGUAAUUCCUGGGAAGAGACUGUUAAGGACUUGGAAUCACAUUCUAUACACACAAAUGACUGUGCGAAAUGUGAGCGAGGUGUCAAAGAUCUACUUGUCAGAGAUGGUGCAAAUCCUUUGCCUUAUAAUGGCGGUGGUUCUUCUCCUAGUGACACCUUUUCUUCAAGGGAUGCUUCACCUGAUGAUGCUUUGUUAAGCCGGCUUUUAGUGACAGGAGCAACUGAAAGUAGUUCUACCUGUAACGUCACAAACAAUACAGAAGAGGGUAAUCAUGAAGACAGCAAAAAGAUCAGGAACACAUUGCAUACAAUUCUAGCUGCCGUUGAUCAUCAAUGGAAGUUAAAUGAUAAUUUAUGCAGUACAGCUUUGAGUGCAUUUUCUGAAGAUGGAUCACACCGGCAAAGGACAUCUCUAGACUUGCAGGCAGAAGUUAAGAAUGUAAGAAUGAGUAUAGGCAAUCUUCAUUCAAAGCACAAAUCAUUGGCUUUUGAACUGCAAAAGCACAAGGAUUCAGAGGCAAAGAGUAAAGCUGAACUGAAGCAUUUAAGAGUGAUUCAUCUUUUUGUUUGUCUAUGUAAAGAGGAGUUGGAAAGUACUAUAGCAGAACUUGAGGAAAGUAAUCAUCAAUUAGCAGUUCUAAAAGCAGAAAAAGAUGCAGGAAAGGGGCCAAUUUUCCCCAUCCUUAAUCUGGGUAAUAAGGCUGUUGCUGUUGACAAGUCCAGAGAUAAAGAAAAGGAUCUGCAGGACAUGGAGUCAGCACUUAGCAACUUAUUGGAUCAAUCGUCUUGUCGGCUAUUAGAACUGAAGCGUCUUCAUGAAGAAAGGAUAGAUGUAUUGAAGCACUUAUCCACUUUGCAGAACACUUUGAAAAAUAUCAAGUCAAUUUGCUCUUCACAAGCUUAUCUCCUUUUGAAAGAUCAAGCUACGAAGGUUAAAGCAGAUAUAGUCCAAUAUCAAGCACUCUAUGAGAAACUACAGGUUGAGAAAGACAAUUUGGCCUGGAGGGAAAAGGAAAUGCAUUUGAGAGUUGAAUUGCUCGAUAUUAACCAUCGAUCUGCCUCUGUUGCUGAUUUGAGGAUCACUGAGCUGGAAAAAGGGAUACAGAAGUAUAUAAAUGAAAAAAAUCUUAUUGAAGUCAAGCUGGAAGAAGCAUUAAGAGAACCCAGUAGAAAAGAAAUCAUUGCAAAGUUCAAAGCUUUGGUUUCUUCAUUUCCUGUGGAAAUGGGCCAUAUGCAGAGUCAGCUGAGUAAAUACAAAGAGACAGCUACUGAUAUUCAUACUCUACGUGCUGAUGUUAAAUCUCUGUCUAGUAUUCUUGAGCAAAAGGCCAAACAUUUGGGAAAAUUGUCUGCUAGGUCAGCUGAGCAAGCCGCUAGCAUUCUAAAGUUACAGGCCGUAGUCCAUGAUUUGAAGGAGAGUGAUAAGGAAUUGAAACUCAUUUUGCAAAUGUAUAGACGUGAAUCAAUUACUUCAAGGGAUGUCCUUGAAGCUAGAGAUUCUGAAUAUAAGGCUUGGGCUCAUGUACAGAGCCUGAAGACCUCUCUUGACGAACACAACUUGGAGUUGCGAGUUAAAACUGCUAUUGAAGCUGAGGCUACAUCGCAGCAAAGGCUAGCUGCCACUGAAGCUGAAAUUGCUGAGCUCAGACAGAAGCAGGAGGCUUCUAAAAGGGAAGAAUCAAAACUUUCUGGGGUUGUGAAAUCCAAACAUGAAGAGACAGACGCCUAUCUUUCUGAGAUAGAGACUAUUGGGCAGGCCUAUGAUGAUAUGCAAACUCAAAACCAACAGUUGUUGCAGCAAAUCACAGAGAGGGAUGACUAUAAUAUAAAGCUUGUUAUAGGAGGAGUGCGAACAAGACAGCUUGGGGAUGGCCUGCUCAUGGAGAAACAGGCUAUAGAGAGAGCAAUUCAGCAAGCCAAUACUUCUGUCGAUUUUCAGAAUCUGAAAGUUGCAAGAUUUGAGGACCAGUUAAAAAUGUGCUCAGAUCAUGUUCAGAGGCUGGCAGAAAACAGGGUGAAACUUACAGUUUCUCUUGAAAAUAACCAAAAGAAGGUAAUAGACAUCCGGAAAUCAGCACAGCAACUGAGAGAAACGAUAGAAGAUUCACAGCUGAAGGUUGACAGUAACCGUGUGGAUCUUGCUGAGGUGCAAAUAGAGACAGAGAGAGAAAGAUUUAAGCGGAAGAGGGAGGAAGAAGACCUAGAAUUUGCUAGGUCAAAAGUUUCUCGUCUCAAAUCACAGGUAGAGGGGUCAUCAGUCGUUGAUAAACUUCGGCAGGAAGUCAGAGAAUACAGGGAAAUACUUAAGUGCAGCAUCUGUCUUGACAGGCGGAAGGAGGUUGUUAUAGCAAAAUGCUAUCAUCUGUUCUGCAAUUCCUGCGUUCAAAAGAUUAUUGAGACGCGUCACCGCAGAUGCCCAGUAUGUUCAGUGAGUUUUGGGGCUAAUGAUGUAAAACCUGUUUACAUCUGACCAUAAAUUUGAGAAAUUUAAGUGACAAAGGCUAGAUUGUGUUUUGAUAUCAGAGAUUUCUCAGAGAAGUGUAGCUGGACAUUGCAUAAGUUCCUGGCUUAUCAUUGUAUAUUGGCAGUUGCCGGUUUGAUUCUCUAGGCCACAGUUUUAGUUACUGUAGUUUCUUUCUUUCUUUUUUCCCCAUAUUUUUUAUUCGUUUGAAUGCGGGGAGCAAGCAGGUCCUUCUGAUCAGUUGUUUGCAAAUUGCGAUAAUGGUGCUAGGCUAUAGUUGGCCGGAUGUACUUAAUAAAAUUGCAAUGCUAAGCCUCAAAGAAAGUUCCGGCUGUAUUCGUUGAUAGUUUUGAUAGUCUAAUGUGAUUGACGCAAUCAUGGUCAAGAUUUUGGUCCAAGCUUAAUAUUAUUCUGUCCUCGAUUCUCACGCAUUUGUUGGUUCCAGGAACUUCAAUCUGGUGAUUACGGGUAAGUUGUGUUGAUUUAGGAUGAAGAUUGGACGUCCUCUCUGAUGCAUUAUGAAGAUGUGAUGUGAUGGUUAAGGGAACGUUUGUAAGUGCCUGUAGGAGGUAAUCUGUUGAUUUUGAAUAGAAUUGGCAUAACACUAACUAUAUAUGCAUCUAGUUCUGAUUUUGAUGUAAUAUCGGGCAAUUGAGCCUUUUUUAUGCAUCUUAUAUGUAGUACGCUUCAUUGGUAGGCAAUUAAUGUGGAUCUAUCUUUAUUUUGGGGUUUGCUUGAAA